AGUUUUCUCUCAAAGUAACUUUAUAACUGCUUGUGUUACAGAUUGCCCUGAAAUAUGACCCCCAGAUAGAAGAAGAUCUGCGUAACUGGAUAGAAGAGGUUACAGGGCUGAGCAUUGGUGCAAACUUUCAACUGGGAUUAAAAGAUGGCAUAAUCUUAUGCGAGCUUAUAAAUAAGCUGCAGCCAGGAUCAGUGAAGAAAAUUAAUCAAUCAAAACUAAAUUGGCACCAGCUGGAGAACAUUGGGAAUUUUAUCAAAGCUAUCCAAGUGUACGGCAUGAAGCCACAUGAUAUUUUUGAAGCAAAUGAUCUCUUUGAAAAUGGAAAUAUGACUCAAGUACAGACUACCCUAGUGGCGCUAGCAGGUCUGGCAAAAACUAAAGGUUUUCAUACUACAAUUGAUAUUGGUGUCAAAUAUGCAGAGAAACAAGCACGAAGUUUUGAUGCAGGAAAACUAAAAGCUGGUCAAAGUGUAAUUGGCCUGCAGAUGGGCACCAACAAGUGUGCCAGUCAGGCAGGCAUGACUGCUUAUGGAACUAGAAGACACCUCUAUGAUCCAAAAAUGCAAACUGAUAAGCCAUUUGACCAGACGACAAUUAGCCUACAGAUGGGCACUAACAAAGGAGCCAGUCAGGCUGGUAUGCUGGCACCAGGUACCAGGAGAGACAUCUACGAUCAGAAGCACAUAUUACAACCUGUGGAUAACUCAACUAUUUCAUUACAAAUGGGUACCAACAAAGUAGCUUCACAGAAGGGAAUGAGUGUGUAUGGGCUUGGACGACAAGUGUAUGACCCCAAGUACUGUGCUGCGCCAACAGAACCCGUCAUUCAUAAUGGCAGCCAAGGAACAGGAACUAACGGGUCAGAAAUCAGCGAUAGCGAUUAUCAGGCAGAAUACCCAGAUGACUAUCACGGAGAGUACCAAGAUGACUAUCAAAGAGAUUACCAUGGUCAGUACAGUGACCAGGGCAUUGAUUAUUAGCCUUGCAUCAAAAGUUCAGUAUUAGUCAAUUAUUUUAUUCAGUAAGAACGAAACUAGCCUUGUGGAAUUGUUACCUGUCUUUCCUACACACUAUGCUUAAUGUACCUUAAGAAAUAUUGCCUUACAUACAUUCCUUUUUCCUUUCUCUGCCCUUUCCCUGUCUAGUUGCCUUUAGUGCUGUAACAGUUGUAGUCUACAGCAUAAACAAUAACUGCAUAUGAAGUAAAAGGAAUACUGUGAAAGGGGGAGUGCUGUUGUACAGCCAGGUUGUCUAAUAAGGAGCUAUGCAUUUUCACAAUCUCUACUUAUGUAGGUAUUUACAUACCACAUUAAGCCUUCAAUUUUACAUAUUUACAGCUUUUCUAUUUUCCAAAUGAGAUAGAAGAAUUUCAUGCUUAAAGAUAAAUGUGGUCUUUGCCAGUUAAAUCAAAGACAUUGCAUUAGUGAUUUAAAUAUCAUCACUAUGUUUCUAAGGCAUUGUUUGCUAAUGGUAAGUCCUGCAUUAGACAUAAGUGUGGAUUUGUGAUUGUGUAUUCAUUCCAUUAUCAACACUGACCAAACUUAGAAAUAGUUGUCUUACUAAAAAGGGAGCUUGUACAAACUCUUGAGCCAACAGAAGUCCCAUAGUCGAUGGUGCAUUUACCUUUUAUUGUGCCAUAAUAUAUCCAUGUAGAAAUGCUUUUUCUUCCUUGAACUGUAUUUAUUGCCACACUUCUCAAACUGAUCCCAGUGUAUUUUUAUAAAUAAAUAUUUUUUCUUAAAGGUA